UCAGCUUGGGUAGAAAUGUAGAGGAUCCACCUCGGCAUGGUUCACAACGCCAAUGGUGCGCAUUACGCCGUUAAAAGAGAUUGAACCUCCCCUCUCACUGUCAUCAUAUAAAAAGAUUUUUUUAAAAUUUUUAAUCUUUUAUAAAAUUUUUGCUGUGAUUUUAUUAUUCAACCCUCACUCUCAAAUCCGCGUUCACCAUAUAAACGCUGCUCGUCGUUUCACGUAAAAGCAACCUACCGACGAUCUCCUCCUCCUCCUCCUCCGCUUUCUCUCUCUAUCGCCAUUUUUUUCCCUUGCUUCUCCGGCACUUCAAAUUCCGUCGUGUUUGCGGCAAAUGGUGACAGAGGACAACAGCGAGAGCUGUGGCAGUAAAGCGUACGACACGUCGUCUCCGGUUCAGUCUCGGCAGCAGAGGCAGAAGCUUGAGGUCUACAAUGAGGUUCUUCGUCGCCUCAAAAACUCCAACAACGACGAAGCUAUUCGACCUGGCUUCGACGAUGAACUUUGGGCUCACUUCAAUCGCCUCCCCACUCGAAUUGGAAACGGGUUUUGAUGAGUUGAGGCACUGGCUUGUACUUGCGCAAUUUCAGGUACGCAUUGGAUGUGAAUGUGGAGAGGGCAGAAGAUGUGCUUAUGCACAAAAGAUUACUGCAUUUGGCUCAUGAUCCUGCUCAUAAACCAGCGAUUGAAGUCCGGCUUGUACAGGUUCAUCCCAUCCCAGAUGGGAAUACAGCUGAUUCUAUCCAUUCAGAUUCUGUGGGUGAAGAUGCUGCCCAAAGUUCAAAGUUAUCUAGCAGACAAAGUAUACAUCCUCCUCCAGCGUUUGGCUCAUCUCCUAACCUCGAAGCCCUUGCACUUGAAGCAAAUACAGCUAAUGAUGAGGAUGACGAACAUUCUGUGCAUGGCAGCACAGAGUUGACUCGGCCCAUGCAUGAAAUCACUUUCUCAACAGACGACAAGCCAAAACUACUCAGUCAGUUGACUUCGUUGCUUGCGGAGAUUGGGCUGAACAUCCAAGAAGCACAUGCUUUUUCCACAUUAGAUGGUUACUCCUUGGAUGUCUUUGUUGUUGAUGGCUGGCCUUAUGAGGAAACAGAACAGCUUAAGACUGCAUUGGAAAAGGAAGUUUUGAAGAUUGAGAGUCCGUGGCCACCAACUCAUCGAUCAUCAUCUUCUAGUAGCGAGCAUGAUCAUAUAAGGGUCAAAUCUGAACCACCUACUCAUCUCACAAUACCCAAUGAUGGGACUGAUGUAUGGGAGAUUGAUCCUAGACAGUUGACGUUUGGUAACAAAGUUGCAUCUGGAUCCUGUGGUGAUUUAUAUAAAGGUACAUACUGUACUCAAGAAGUGGCCAUUAAAGUCCUCAAGCCUGAGUGUGUAAAUUCAGAUAUGCAUAAAGAUUUUGCCCAGGAAGUCUAUAUUAUGAGGAAAGUUCGACAUAAGAAUGUUGUACAAUUCAUUGGUGCAUGUACCAAGCCUCCAAGCUUGUGCAUUGUGACAGAGUUUAUGUCUGGUGGAAGUGUAUAUGACUACUUGCAUAAACAAAAGGGUGUUUUUAAGCUCCCAGCCUUGCUCAAGGUAGCAAUUGAUGUUUCCAAGGGAAUGACCUACUUGCACCAGAAUAACAUAAUCCACAGGGAUUUAAAAGCUGCCAAUCUCUUGAUGGAUGAAAAUGAAGUUGUUAAGGUUGCUGAUUUUGGGGUUGCCAGAGUAAAAUCUCAAUCUGGAGUAAUGACAGCAGAAACUGGGACUUAUCGGUGGAUGGCUCCAGAGGUUAUAGAACACAAGCCAUAUGAUCACAAGGCUGAUGUUUUUAGCUUUGGGGUUGUGUUAUGGGAGUUACUGACGGGAAAGCUUCCGUAUGAAUACUUGACCCCAUUACAAGCAGCUGUUGGAGUUGUCCAAAAGGGCUUACGGCCGACUAUCCCAAAGAAUACGCAUCCAAAGCUUGUUGAGCUGCUUGAGAAAUGCUGGCAACAAGACCCAGCAUUAAGACCUGACUUCUCGGAAAUCAUAGAAAUGCUGCAGCCGUUAGCCAAAGAGAUCAGCGAUGAAGGAGAAGAAAAACGCAAAUCAUCAGGAGGAUUUCUGUCCGUCCUUAGGCGUGGUCAUCACUAAUCGAAGGCACAUAGAUGUUUAUAACAUGAGCAAAGGAAUUUACCUUGCGUGGCAUUUCCCCAACCAUUUCUCUCACAUACCAUGUACAGUAUUACGUUAUCUUUGAUCAACUUAUUUCCUCCGUCUGAUUUGUUAGAGCACAUUUUUUGGACCAACCAUUCCCUUUAUAUUAUUUUUGUGAUUUAUCGUAGCACUCAACAGUUAACAACAAAGACGAUGGUUCGGACGAGCUUUGUAACUAUGCAAAUAUCCAGAGGCUUUACAAUGACAGCAUAUUGUCGUGAAAAUUUCUUUGACCAAUUCCUUGGCUUUGCAAUUAGCUGGCUUUUACUUUUGGAUUUCUUACUGUUAUUCAAUCAUAUGGAGGUUUCUAUAUCUCAAUUGUUUUUUUAA